AUGCCUCCCGAAUUUUUUGUUUACGAUUCCCACGAUCAAUCUGAAUUCUCAAAUAAAAGUUCUUAUUCAGCAUCUUACACUAACGAUGCUAAUAUUAACGAAGAAAAGAAUUCAAUUCCUGUAGUUUUUGUCGAAGGGUUUUUGGGCCCAGGCAAACCUUUUUAUUGGGGUACAUUACAAUCGCUUCUUUCAAGCUCCUGUGAAAACCAACAUUACCAUCAAAAGAUCUGCAAGCAGAAUAAUAAUGCCAAUGAAGACAAGAAUGAAUGGAAAUCAUGUCACAAAGUUAGACGUUGUAUUUUUGUAUCACCUGGUUGUGGAAGUUCUGUACAUGACAGAGCCGUUGAGAUUUUUUAUCAAAUUAAAGGUGGAAGAGUUGAUUAUGGAGAAGAGCAUGCCCGACAAUAUGGCCAUUCGCGUUAUGGUCGCGAAUAUCCUGGAUUAUAUCCAGAAUGGAGUGUUUCUAAACCCCUUCACUUUCUUGGGCAUUCAUUGGGUGGUAUAACAAUUUGGAAACUUCAACAAUUACUCGCAAGUGAUAUUUUCCCAUCAUAUUAUGAACCUCAUCCUGAUAUGGUUCGAUCUCUUACAGCUGUCUCGGCUCCAUUCAAAGGAAGCCAAGGUGUUUACAUAUUAGGAUCGUGCACAGAAAACGUAGGAUCAGUCCGUCCAUUUAGCUUUGGAGCUUGGCUUAGUAGAUUGGUUCAUAUUUAUGAAUAUUUGGAUAUAAAAUGGUUAAAAAAUUCGACAUAUGAUUUCAAUUGUGAUCACUGGAAUCUAAGUUUAACAAAAAAUUUGAAAUCAUUGUGGAAUGAAUAUUUCAGAGGGAAAGACGAUUCAUAUGACUUGGAUUGCCAAAAAUUAGAAGGGGAAAAAGAAAAAACAUAUGGUCUUUUACAAUGUUUGAUGAAAAGUCCUUGGAUGUAUUGUAAAGAUAACGCACCUUAUGAUAUGACAAUUCAUGCAAUGAAUGAUUUAAAUAAGAAUAGUCGUACCUUUACUAAUACAUUUUAUAGAACUUAUGCUACAUCCAUCGUAAGCAGUUUUAAAUUUUCAUCAAAAACAACAGAAUUUCCUAUAGAUCCAGAACUAGAAUUACCGAAUUGGUACGAAAAUGAUGGAGUAUGCCCAAAAAUUUCGCAAAUGCAUCCCGGUGGAUUCGAAUGUAAUGAUGGAAUGUGUAAACACCAUAAAGGAUUCCCAAACCAUAUUACAGAUAUUCGCGACCCUGAGGUCGAUAAUGAUAUAAUAGAAGAUAAUUUAAAGUAUGAACCAGGAAUAUGGGAUGUUUGGGAAAUAAAUGGUAUUUCACAUUUUGGUCUUAUACCAGUUUGGUACGGAACUAAAGAACAAGACUUAUUUUUUAGAGGAUAUAAAGAAUAUUUAGAUCGUUUGGAUAAAUUAAAGGUUGAUAAAAAGUUAGUAAAUGAUUCAAGUAAUUAUCAAAUAAAAUAG